AUGGCAUCCCAGAUAUGCUCUUCUGUUUCGGCAGGGAGGGUAAUGGUCCUCUGGAUGGGGGUGUUCUCGGGCCCUGUGGCGGUGGUUGAUAUGCCGGCCACAGGAGCCUCUUCCCCGGUGAAGACCCAGCUGGUGGCAGGCUGGAUGGGCGGUAGUCACAGUGGAGGCCCCAAGACCGAGCCCUCCGUCGCUUUCUUCAUAGCUGCCUCUGCCGAGGUAUCCUCCCUCACGGUCAAUCCUCCUGACUCCGGAAUCGUCCUCAUCGCCCUCGUUCUCUGUGUAGAGGCCGUCAAGGAUGUUUUGGAGGUGGAUUCUUUCGAGGUAUGGAAUGGUCAGAUAUGGAAUCGGGAGUUGGUAGCAGUUCAGCAAGUGGCAUACAAGCUGUUGAACGACAAGGAUGGGAAUUCGGGUGCCAAGGAGCUAGUCACUGCUAGCAGCAAUACUGCUAGGAUUGCGAACAGCCGGACGGUGUAG